GGUAAGUCGAAUCGAAAUCGCUCCGUGAUUUCGUGUUUUCUUGCUCACACUGAGCAAAUUCCGCGUACGAAUGAAUACCGAAUGUGUCAAAUUGAGCGAUGUGCGAUUCUUUUGAAGUAUUAAGUUACUCACGCGAUCGUGAUCAAUGCAUAUUUCCGUUCGAAGCCCAUCGUCUCUCGCGUUCCGCCGCGGGACUAUCGACCACACUCUGUUUGCACUACUUGCUCCUCACACAGACAUCGUAAGCGUCAUUCUAUCUUGAGAUUAUCGAAAAGCAUCGACGAAAGCAUCGAGGAUUUGUCAUAACAGCUUCAACAAAGCAAGUAACUUGAUACAAAUAAUAAGAUAUUCGCGUAUGGAACAGUCCAUUAAAUAAGACAUUCGCGUAUGGAACAGUCUAUUAUGGCUUUUCAACAAAACAUACAUUCACCAUGCUUUUACGCGUAUAUUAAACAAUAUGGAUUUUUGCGAUGAGCAUUUUAAUGUGCUAAUUAAGCAGUUUAAUCGUGAUAAAACAAGUUUUGGAUAUUUUUGCAUCAGAAUCGAAAAGAUAUUUAACAUGUUUCGAUCGAAUUUAUCGAUGACGCGUCGUUAGAUCAUGGCACUAUUUGUUGCCGUAUAAUAAUGAGAAAUAGGCGCAUGAAGGUGGCGUAAGAAUUUUGUCAACCGCCAAUCAGUUCACGUCACAUUCUUAGAACUAACAGUAAACUGCAUUGCGAUCGUUUCGUUCUCCCGCGCAUUUUUAUACAUUUUGGACAAAUUUCGCACAUAAGUGAUGCUGAAUGUGUCGAAUUGAACGAUCAGAGAUUAUUUCGGAACAAUAAAUUGUAAUCACGAUAAGUGCGUAUCUCAGCAUUUGAAGUCAGUUCAUCGCUUAACGUUUCGUGGGACUCUGUUGUCCGAUACACGCUUUUUCAACACAUUUCAGCUUUAGUGGCCCGUAAGCGCUAUUAGACAACAAAUACCUAUAUUGAGAACCAUUGAUAAAAGCAUCAAGGGUUUGUCGCACCAGAUUCAACGAAAGAGGUUAUGUGUCUCGUUUCAGAUGUGAGAUGCCACGUAACGCUGCAUUUAUCCAGAGUUUCUGUAAUUUUGUGCGUGUCGCGUUUAACGAAUCGGGAGUGUCAAUUUUAUAUACGGGCGAGUGUCGUGCGUUAUUUUCGUUUAAAGUGUAUCAAAGUCCGUGGAUAAAUAAUCGUCGGGAGUGUCGAAUAAAGUUACGGGCGAUGUUGUUUGAAGUGAUUAUCGUGUGUCAUGUGUGUGUAUCGUCGCGAGUGAUUUGGAAAACAGAGCAACGGCUAGGUGCAGAAAUGGAGCUGCCGAGAUGUAACAGAGCAACGAUUACGUGCAGAAAUGGAGCUGCCGAGAUGUAACAGAGCAGUAUUGCAGUAGAGCAGUGCAUCAGCCGUAAAUAAAAUCCUGAAGACAUCCGGACAACAACAUUUGUUUUACCGACCGCAAUCGCUUUACGUGCAGAGUGAUGAUAUAAUCGUCGUUUCUUUUUUCGCUUCUGGGCAAUAUCAAUCGCCCGUCCGAAUCAGUUUCCUCGACAUCAAUGUCGAAAUCUAAUCACGGUCACUAUUUCGAGUUGUGAGAAGAAAACAGAAGAUCAACACUUUUCCUUCAUCGAUAGCAUAGAAUUUUAUAAGUAUCAUGAGUAACAAGGAGUCGAAAAGGCAAUUGAAUGUAGUUAAGAAAGAAUUGCACACGUCUUCGGUCAAAAAAGGCGAUCAAUCGAUCCAGUCUAGACAUCCGAAGUGUAAGCUAUGCGAUAAUCACGGAAUAUUUGCUUUGCUUAAAGGCCACAAAAGGUUCUGCCUAAAACGAGAUUGCGCAUGCGAGAAAUGCUUCGUGACGUUGAAGAAACGAGAACUAUCAGCUGCAGAAAUUAAAAUAUCAAGAGCUCAGAAACAGGAUAAAGAUAGAGAAGAGAAAAAGAAAAAAGAGAAAAAUACAAACACAAAUGAGCGGGAACAUCCCUUGCCGUUGGAGUUCAAUACAAAAUAUACAACGUUAAAUUAUAUGAUCAUGAAGCAGAAAUAUGACAAGUUCGUCCGUUCACUGAGUGAAACUUUGACAAAGGUGCAGUAUCAUCCAAUGGCUUGGUUGUUGAUACCCGUAGUGAGUGAAGUUCUCAACACCAUCCUGCGAUAUGCCGAAAGCUCGGUCGAUGAAGACAUACAUAUUUUUAGGAGCUGUAUAGAUCAGAUACUAUACAACGCCCAGGUGAAAAUGAUACAAUAUGAGAAUCAGGCAUGCUGCUACUUACAGCCACCGAGUGUGAGAAAUAUAUCAUACGAGAAAUCGAUAUAUCGUAUGGGGACCGCUUCGCAAAAUCCAUUGCAACUUUGGUCAAUUAACUCCUUAACAUGGCCCUUUAAUUCGCUAACAUCGGCAGCUCAGCCUUCAUAUCCUGAGAAUUCAAUCACAUCACCGCACUCUGACAAUACAAGUGCAUCUCCACACCUGGACAACACAAGUGCGUCUCCGCGCCUUGAAAAUACAAGUUCGUCUCCGAACGAUACUGAGAUAUGUUCUGAGAGCACGCCUAUGUAUCCUGAACCAUCCGCUGGAUAUCACUGAUCGAGUGCUGACGAUCAGUGAAGUAAAACGACGAGGAAAACGUGUCGAAUCCAAAGAAAAUUGCAUUGCCUCCGAAGCGAACACCUGUCGAAACGAGUGGCGCACCUGAUUGUCGAUUUUUUCGCCAUGUUUCUGGAUGCCGCCCGUUUCGGACAUCGCUUCGCGAGAUACGGUAAAACGUUGCUACGUAUCCGGUGAACCGAGCAAAUUCUAGCCAAUCGAGAAUCGAUUCUUCUUGGGAAAAAAAAAUCAAAAAAAAAAAGGUCGCGUUUCGCAAGAAGUUCCCAGACGCGCUUUCCGUCCUUUACUUUUAGUCCUCGAUCCUUCGUGGGAAGACAAAAACUCCGACGAAGGAGAAAUUUUCGAACAGAUGGUUAUUCCUCAACAAAGAAUUUCGCAACAAUUCUCCACAAAGAAUCGACGCGUUCCGAUGAACACGUGCUAACAAUAAGACACCUUGAUUCUCCUCGGCGAUAAGUCGAACGCAGACUGUCACGCGAACUAGCAAGAUCGACAUUCAUCGAGCAAAACAGUCCGCUCUGCUUAUUUGUCAAACGGCGUGGUCUCGCGCUUCUUCGAGACACGUCGUCGGGAUUAUAUUUGAGCGCCGCUCGCGGACUUGCAUUUCGGACGAAAUGAAGUCGGUGGAGGCUGAUUACGUACGGCGAGGCAGUUCCCGCAAGGCGAGUUCCGUCAAGCAGGAUUCUGGAGGACGUGAAAUCGCGACAUGGCGCCGUUGCGCUUCUGACUCUCUUCGAGAGCUGUUUCUCGUUUGGCAAGACCAUUGCCAUGUUCUCCUCGCGUGUCCGCCCAUUUUAACUUCGGAGCGAGAAUGCAAUAGCGAGAUAAAACGGCAAGCACGUCGACCCCGCUGCGGGCAAUUAUGAGCGCGACAGGCGUCAAGCCAGUCACUAAAAAAAUGCAUUCGAUUGGGAACGACGGUUUUUAUCCGCCUUCCCUUCGACAACGCGUGUGGCCAAUUUUAUAUGGAAAACCGGAUAUCACCGGUGGCGGCGACGGCGGCGCCGACGGCGGCGGCGGCGGCGGCGGCGGCGACGGCGGCGGUGGCAGCAAUGACGACGAUGGCCGCGCACUUGAACAGGAUACUGGCCGAAUUAAUCAACGGCCUGUGUUUGAUAUUUUUCCGCUUUAAACAUAUACUACGUACACAUUGAGUACUGCAAACGCUGUUUAUCAAUUCACAUAUUACUAAAUGUUACUGGACGGUGCGAGACAUGCAGAUACGGUAAGGUAAGGUAAGGUAUUCGAUUUUAUUAAUUGUUAAUUAAAGUUUAAGAUUGUCCAUGAUUGAUGUUGUGGUAAAAUCUUUUUUUUCUCUGUUAUUCAAAGACAUAUACAAAGCAGCAAAUUUUUUAAAUUUAAGUAUCUUUUUCUAAAUUAUAUUUAGAAAAUCGGUUGUCCGAUAUUCUAGAAUUCGUGACAUCUUUUUUUACUUGCAAUUAGUAUGACAAAAUUAAGUGUCAUCAUAGCAAUUAAUAUGAUAUAUUACGUAAUAUAUUAACAUAAAAGAGAAAUAAAUUUAAUAUAAAUAAUGCGCAAUAAUUUGUGCACGUCGUGUUUGACAAAUUAUGAGCCCUUUAAAAUAUUGUUUCUCUGAUGAUUAAAACUUUCCAUACGCGGUGCACAUCCGCGCGCAUAAUCGCGAAAUUGGCGGAUGCAGUGUCAGCCGCUGCAAUAACAGCUGCUCAAAAACUGGUCAUUCCAGCUCACGGUAAAUUAAUUUACAAAUAAGAACACCGAAAAACUGUCCCUUCGAUGCGGUCUCAUUCUCCUCUGCUUGCUUUCUUUUCACGGCGAUUCCCCUUGGCCCUUUUGCAUCGUGCGAAACAUGUUCCAAACAACAAUUUGAUGUAUACUCUGAUUGGAUAUUACCAUAGACUCAUAAUGGUUUGUUUCUGCAAAUAAAUUUGCGUUUCAGUAAUGAGUAUGCGCGCCGUGCUGCAUCGAAUUUAUCAUCAUCUCGCUCAAUUUGUAACAGAAAUUAAUUUACAUGUCAACUGCGCUCUCAUGAACAUAAAAUUUUGCUUGAGAAUAUAUUUUAUAACUUUUCUUUUCGUUUGCACAUAUAUAAAUGAUUCGGAAUACUGUUUCUUUUAAUGGUACUGUUGUUUCUCGUUUAAUAAGAUUAGGGAUUUAGUUAGAAUUAAUUCGCUACAGUUACAUAUAGUACGUUAUUAUUUUACUGUCGCAUAUCUCCAUCAUUUUGGGUGAAAAACGUUUUUCAACAUUUCCUUUUUGGGAGACCUUCUUGUACAGAAUAUCUGAGAGAAUUACGAAACGUUUUGCAAUUUUUGCAAUAAUUAUUGAGAUAAUAAUUGGAAAGAAGAAUUGAGCGUGCGAUUUGCGCGACAAGACUAUGAGAUGUAUGUUUUAGGCAUGCCAGCGGUGAGUGUCGUACGGCAACGAAAAGUAAAGCUUCUAUCCGCUCGUUACUUACGUGUUAAUCACGUAUUCUGUGACAAAACUUCUGUCUUCGCCGAGUAAUCAAACGUUUCGUUGCCGUGCGACACUCGUCGCUGUCACGCCUAAAGCGCACAUCCUAUGCGCUUGCGAAACGCGCGCGCAUUUGCCAAUCUUUUUUAAUUGCUAUCUCAAUAAUUAUUGUGAAAAUUGCAAAACGUUAAAGAACUUUUCUAUUCAGUUUAUUGCACUCACGAAAAGUUUCGUAAUCUCUUCCAGACACUCUGUAUAUAAAAAUACAAUUCCGCUCCCAUCUUGCGAAUUUUUGACUCGCGAGGAAAGAAAGUUCUCACGGAUGUCAUAAAUACGGCUCAUUUUGACGAUUGAUCCUUAAUUAGCCAUUGCAAGAUGUUAUACGACAAUGCAUAUAUGAUUAUUACACAUCUCGUUUUUUUUCACUCGCGUGAAAAAAUUGUUUGUAUGAAGACGGUAGUCUUCUAGUAUCAAGCGGCAGUUCGGGAUAGCAAUACAAAGAUAUCCUAUAAUUUUCGGCAUCCUGACAUUUAUUGCGGCAAGCCACAAUUUUAAGUUUGUUUUAUUUGUCUGCAGAUGACGAAACACGAUUGAAGUGCAAUUAUGUUAUUUUAAACUAUUUGGCAAAAUAAAUUGAAUUGUAUGAUGGGACGUUCUAUAUCACAGAACAGAGGAAACUAUUCAUGAAUGAGAACGCUAUUGUUCUAUUCAUCCAUCGAAUGAUAUUCAUUCAUAUGUAAAUUCGCUGUUCUUGAUUAUAUGAAGUCCGCGAUAGCCUGUCUGUAAAACUCAGAAUUGCAAAGUAAUAACAUAGUGGUCAACGCAAAUGGCAUACAUUAUAUAUAAGUGCAUCGUAGUAAUUUUGUGCAUGUAACAUGGGUGAAAACGAAAGGAGAUUUCACGGAAUUUUGCAACAUCUAACCUGAGAGUCAAUUCAUGAUCUUUUGAAACGGAAAAAUUAAUUGUUAAAACAAAAUCCUGGAAAAAGUCGCGUGGAUUUUUUUACUGAAAAUUUUAAGCAAUUAGCAAAACUGCUGAUACAUUAUAAUUAUCCGUCUUGAUGAAACAAUUUUUAUUUCGAAACGCAGCAAUGUUAUUUUUUAUUUAUAAAGCG